AUUGGGCAGUGUCCAUCCUCAGAUACAGUACAGGUGAACCACACACCAUCCUUCAGAUAUAUGGAAGUCUUUUAAAGUGGCGGUCAGAGGUAAAAUCAUAGGACUCAACCAACUUCACCUGGAAUAGAAAACCGUGGACGUGCUCAUAUCUGAAAGUCCAGACUGCAAAAAGACCAGUUUUUUUUGAAGAUCAGCAGCUGUUACUUCAGAGGCAGUCAAAAAAUUAAAUUUAGGAUGUGUUCUGGAGGAUUUGCCAAAUGUCUAGGCAUCAGCCUGCUCCCUUUGGCAAUUGUGUGCGUGUUGUGCAACAUUCUGCUUUUCUUCCCGGAUGGAAAGAUCGUUGAGAGUGAGCACAUCUCCAAACAGGUCUGGUACUUUGGAGGGAUUCUGGGAUCAGGAGUACUGAUGAUAUUCCCAGCUCUGGUUUUCCUGGGUCUGAAGAACAAUGACUGCUGCGGUUGCUGUGGAAACGAAAGCUGUGGGAGAAGAUUUGCUAUGCUGAGCUCCAUCCUGUUUGCAGCUGUUGGUGUUUUAGGAGCCGGUUACUCAGUUAUAGUCUCUGCUGUGGCCAUCAAUCAAGGACCUCUGUGUCUCUUUAAUAGCACAAGUAAUGGAACCAUAUGGGGAUACCCAUUUUCCGAUGGAGACUACUUGUCGAACAAAUCUCUCUGGAAUAACUGCCAAGAGCCAAAGAACGUUGUGCACUGGAAUCUAGCUCUGUUCGCCGUGCUUCUGGCGAUGGGGUUGAUCCAGAUUGCGCUGUGUGCUGUGCAGGUGGUGAACGGCCUGCUGGGAGCUUUGUGUGGAGACUGCUGUGGCUGCUGUGGAGGGGAUGAUGGAGCCAUGUGAGCAUUGGUUGUGGUUGAAGAAGGCUCUUCUUUCUUCACGUGUUCAUUUUCAGAGAUGACUCAUUUGAAUCGGUGUUCCAGCUGUAUAGAUACUUUUCUGUAUAAGAGUUUAUUGAUUACACUGUACUGGUAAUCCUGAAACACUGGCAAAAUGAGAUCUUGUAAAUUCAAACUGAUGUUCAUCACAUACUUUCCAGUCUGCCUGUCUUUGUAUUUUUCUAAAUCUUCAUAAUUGUCACCUGAAAAAAAAAACAUCCAGAACUGAGAAGCCAAUGAUUUUCCACUGCCCUAUGUAUUUAAAAACUCUAGUCUUUUCUUUUUAUUUUCAAGCCUGUAUGUUUAGAUGUGCACAUUUCCUUAAGUGCAGCCAAGCCUCGUGACUGCCCCCUACUGGUUUAAUACGACCAUGUCAUGGUUACACUAUUAAAUCAAUCUCACUCCUAAACUCUUGAAUAAAAGUAAUAUAUGUUUUACAUGUUA